AGAAGCGCCAUUUAGCAGCAUAUAAAUCACAUAGCUAGCCGGUACCCCGUAAGGAAUAAAUACACGCACCAGUCUCACCCAGCGCUCGCAACAUUCCCUCACUACCUCCUCCCACUUCACAUCAUCUCUCAAAACAUACGAUCACUAUGGAUUUCGACUGGUCGACACCUUUCCCGGAGGGAGUCAUAUCCUUCCUCGAUACCGAUCUAUACAAGCUCACUAUGCAAUGUGCUGUCUUCAAAUACUAUAAUGACGUCCCUGUUACAUAUGCCUUUACCAACCGUACUCCCGAGAAGAAACUAUCGCGCAAGGCUUUCUCAUGGCUCUGCGACCAGAUUAGCAAGCUUGGCAACAUCUCCUUAUCCGACGAUGAGCUCCGAUAUCUGCAAACGCAUUGCAAAUAUUUAUCGGCCCCCUAUCUUAACUUUUUGAAGGAAUUCCGACUGAAGCCUCGUGAACAACUGAAUCCCACCUUCCAUGCCGUAGGUGCAGAUACUGGAGCCGAAGAUGAACUGGGCGACAUCCAUAUCCAAAUCAGCGGCAAAUGGGUAGAUACCAUCCUUUACGAGAUCCCGCUGCUUGCCUUAACAUCUGAGGCAUACUUCAAGUUUAUGGACACAGACUGGAAUUACGACAAUCAAGAAGACAAGGCGUAUGACAAGGGUAAGCGGCUUCUUGAAGCGGGGUGUGUAUUCUCCGAGUUCGGCACGCGUAGACGACGAGAUUAUCACACCCAAGCAUUAGUCUUCAGGGGGCUCGUAAAGGCUAGUAAAGAUGCGGAGAAGCGCGGCUUAACCGGCCAACUUUCAGGCACCAGCAACGUCCACCUAGCUAUGCGAUUCAACUUACCACCAGUCGGAACCGUUGCGCAUGAGUGGUUUAUGGGACUCGCCGCUAUCACGAAUGACUACGCAAUAGCAACCGAGGAAGCUUUGCGCCACUGGGUUGGCUGCUUUGGAGAGGGUGUAUUGGGAAUUGCUCUGACCGAUACAUUCGGCACUCCGAGCUUUUUGGAGGCGUUUGGGAAACCGAUCAGAUAUCUUCCCGACACCCCAAACCUCCCACUUCUAGAUGAUGGGGCCCAACCUACCACUUCAUCUCGGACCUAUGCAGAAGUCUAUGCCGGUGUACGUCAAGACUCGGGCGAUCCAGCGACCUUCGUUAAAUUGAUGCGUGAAUUUUAUGAGAGCCAUGGCAUCAAGGAAAAGAAGACGAUCGUGUUCUCUGACUCGCUAGACAUCGACAAAUGCAUUGAGUACAAGCGGGUAUCCGACGAGCAAGGCUUUCAACCAACUUUUGGUGUUGGCACCUUCCUGACUAACGACUUCAUUCAACUGAGCACUGGGAAGAAAUCAGUUCCACUUAAUAUUGUCAUCAAGCUAAGCUCCGCGGCUGGGAAUCCUGCUAUCAAAAUUAGCGACAAUAUUGGGAAGAAUACAGGCGACUCAUCCAAAGUCGCAGAAGUCAAGAAAUUCUUAGGCUAUGUAGAAAAGGAUUGGGCAGAAGGCGAUGAGACGUCGAGAUGGGGAAAGGCCGAUGAUGUUACUAAGCCAUAAAUAGCGGGAUCUUGCAACUAACGUAGACGGACUUCGCGGCACGAGUCAGUAGCCACGUUGAUAAAUAUGUUGUUUCCGGGGUAGUUAGAAAGACGGCAUCGCCACUCGGACUAUCCGAGUCGCGCUCUUAUUCCCGCCUGGCCAUAACUGGUGGUGGACUGCUGGUGUUAUGUAUUAGACUCCAUGGAUAUAUCAAUUUUUGGGCAUUUACUAUACUGGCGUUGCCGGCGGCCACCCGGAUGAAUGACCCCAGUAUAGAAACUCAAUAGAAUUACCUACGUAAUUGACUAGUUUGGAGCAAUCUGGGGAUCGUGUAGAGUAUGAUUUC